AUGGCCACUCCAUCAGUACUCACGACGACCGUGAGCGGGAAGGUCUGCACUAGAUCUCGCAGAAUAUUGCCGCCUUCCACUGCACUCUCUACGUCCGUUGUCCUAUCUACCACAGCCGUGUCCGAGUCAUCUUCUGUCCAAGUCUCUUCCGCCAUUGCAUCCUUGUCAAACGACCAGAUAUCAUCGAGCACUGUGCUCGAGUCUUCUCAGUCGUCUGAAAAUGCGCCUCUCCCGCCGGCCGCGGCGCCAACCACAGCAGACAGCCAAGGGGCCUCCAGCACAGGGAAAGCAUCCACAGAAACAUCAACAGAAGCGUCUUCUUUCGUAUCGUCACCAUUUCCAUCGUCAUCAAAUGCAGUUAUCGUUUCCACAUCAUCAUUCCCAUCGUCCACUCCGUCAGCUAGUCAAGCGGAAUCAACUGUCAUUCCGACGUCAGGAUCUGCGGGAUUGAUAUCGCCAUUUCGAGGCUCUGGAGGUUCAGACUCGGGAAACGCGACUGCCGGAAAUACCUCGAAAACCGAAGUGGGCGCUCUAGUAGGAGGCAUAUUCGGGGGUAUUAUAGGUGUAGCUCUAGUGGGGGGCCUUAUAUUUGUGUGCCUGCGGAGGAGGCAGACGAGAGAAAAGCUUGAAGCAUGGAAUCAACGCAUCAAUGAGAAGCGCCGACCAGGAGAACACCAAGACUCGGAUCGGGAACCGGUGUCCACUUUUGACAGAACGAAAGCAUUACUGGCCGGCGCUGGUUUGACGGUGACUGCGUUAAUGAGUAAAAUCACUUCGAGGAAGCCACCUCCCCAAAAUGAAGGUAGCAGAAACAACGUUCGCGAUAGCGUCAGCUCGAUAUACUCGCAAAACACCUUAGCACGAAGCCGGUCGAGGAGUGAACCAGCCUCACGGCUCAGACAGCAAUUUCAAGGCCUCUCAAGCCGCCUGAAAAACUCAAAGGGAACCGCCCCGAGACUGGAUUCUACAAACAAGUCUCCAUUUUCGGACGCUGUGGACGAUCAAAUGGUACGAAAUAGUAACAGCAACAACCCUUUUCUCGAUCCUGAAGAUACCCGAGAACUCACCUUGUCAAAUCUUCGAGUUAUGAAUCUCGAUGCUUCUCAUCCAAGUACAGGGAUGCUCACGCCGCGCCAGGCAAUUGCUGCUGGCCUUGCUGGGCAGCAACGUGCACCCAUCACACCCACUAUCUUAGAGCGUCCGCCUCCUGCCGAGACAGAAAAUCCAUUCCUUUCGCCUUUCGAUGACCUUGCAAGUCGCAACCAGGUCUCCACGCCUGAUUGGCUUCGUCGCCCGUCGCACUCGCGCACCCAAAGCGCUCAAACUGCAUUGCGGUCCCAUCCGCCUUCUUUCGAUGGAAAGUCGACAUUUCACUAUCCCCCACCUAUGAAUCCUUUUGCGGAUCCGGCGCAACCUCCAGUGCCUGGUCUUCAGCUCAACUAUCAUCCCAAUAACUAUACGCCGCAACCCCCCUCAAAUACUUAUACACCUGGUCCGGGCCCAUAUCCCGCAUCGACUUCUUCCCACAGCUCACAGGUUCUUCCCCGAACUUACAACCCACGAAUCUCAUCAUCGACGACAUCAGAUCCUUUCCUGUUUGGCGAGCCUGGCCCCAGUCGUCCAACAACCGUCUUCACCAACGCAUCGUUCUCGCGUGCAACGCGUGGAAAGAGUGACCCCUUCGAUCUCGACAGACCCGAAGUCUUAGGUUUUGGCGCUGUUGGUAGUCGGCGAGAGGUGCGAGCGAGUGUGACUCGGCAAAACUCACGAAGCAAUCGGCGGAGCAGUACGCCAAAUUGGGUCACGAUGGAUGACGAAAUGGAAUACGGGCCAGACAGGAUGAGUACGCUGUCAAUGCCUCUACACAAAGCCGCCACGACAGAUCCAGGGUUGGCGAGGUAACACCCAUGAAAUGAGUGUGUGCCAUGAGAGAUGACAAAUGACCGGUUUUUUGGUGUUCUCGGUUAUUUGGGGCUUCGUUGUACGAUAUGGAACGCGCAUGAGACGAUUAGCAUCAUAAACCAGGUAAUUUGGUAUUCACAGCGGUGCAUCUUGUUCACACGAUCAUGUGUAGCCUUACGCAGUUCGACUUAGCUUAGGUAUAGAAAAAGCGCUCACUCUAGUCACAGCUAAUACUAAGCAUAUUCCCGUCGAUAAUCCUAUGAAUCUACGUAGACAUGUUUCCUAGAAUUUCAUGCAG